ACUCACUGAGGAAGUAAUGUGUCAAGAUUGACAAGCUGUGUUGAACUACUCAUCGACAUAAAACACAGAGAUCAUUUUAAUGCCAAAAUGGAAGUUGAUUUGCCCUUGUUGAAGUCUCCAAAAGGUCUACUGAAAAUAUCAGAAAUGGUAUGUGUUUUUGUGGCUUUUGUGUGUUAUGCAGUGGCAUCUAGGUCGCCCUACAUUGCAGCGACAUGCAUGGAAUUUUUAAUCACACUUGGUUUUCUUCUGCUCUACCUACUGAAACUCAACAAGAUGUUCACUCUCUUCGUCUGGCCUCUUAUUGAUGUGUUCAACUCGUUCUUUGCAGCUGCACUGAUGUGUAUUCUUAGCCUGGUAGCAGUUUCUACAUACACAGUGAAGGGCACUUUGAGCGGAGGGAUCGUGGGUUUUGUGGCUGCAGCCUUGUGGUCUUUGGAUGGCUAUAUCCUUUUCAAAAAAAUCACAUUCAACAAGCCAAGAACCAGCCCAGAGGCCCAAACAGGGAACAAUUAAAGCUUUGCAGGACCAACUGUCUCAUUUUGUGAGCGGACCUAUUUUGUAAAACCAAAAUAAGAUUGUAAAAUACUUAUAUAGGUAUAAUGUAUUCAUUAUUAUUAUUAUUAUUAUUAUUAUUAUUAUUAUUAUUAUUAAAUAGAGUUGCCACUCUGUCCUGUGAACUAAAGUCUCCAUAACUGUCUCUGGGAAUGCAUGUUGCUUUAAUACACAUAAGUGUGCAAAAUGAUGAAACCUAUCCACAAAUAUUCACCACUCAAAAUAAAUUCCUCCAUAAAUUGA